CGCCCAGUUGUGUUGUCGGUUUGACCUCGUCACACGUCACAUGAUGCGGCGCCCCGAGAUGUGUUCGUCGUCCGGACAAUUAAAAAACAAAACGUAAUAAUAAUAAUAAAAAUCACAAUACAAAAAGGUACGUUUUUAAGCGGCUCGGGUGUCUGAGGCAUACGAACAAAAUUACCCCUCGCCGUACGAUUCGCCGUGGAAUAAUAAUGUAAAAUUACAAUACAAUGACGACAUCACAGGGAAUGAAUAAUAAAUAUUAUAAUAAUAAAAAAAAAAGAGUGCGUGGUUCACACGAGUAUACCUCAAAUGCGUGUAUCAAUGGGCGGGAGGGAAAUAUAUAACCAGACACAGAAUUGACAGACACAGACCAUAACAGUCAUCGUUGUCAUUGCUCGUCGAACGGAACGAAAGUGAAAAUUCAGUUUCCAUUUCAUUUUAUAAUUCGCCGACUGCGACGUGUGUGUCAAGAUUGCAGUAAAUUACGAUUUUUACAUAUUUACCACGUACACGACCAGUUUUACACGGACCACCGCCGCCGUAUCAGAAGUAGUCUUGCGGCUGAUAACAAACGCCGUGGCUCACAGGCGAUGCUGAAGUUGUUCUCUUUGGCGUGUCUGGCGGCCGUGGCCUCAGCCGCGGUUCUGCCGCCGCCUUGGGCUAAUCCGUCCCAAAACCCGUGUGCCCUCGAGCCGUCCGGCGGAUGGCAGCUACUGUAUUGGCCGGAGGACAAAAAAUGUUACCGAAUAUUUCAGCGCGGUUACCCGUGUCCAGAAACCAUGGAACUUGUUCCGCGACCCGACCGUAAGGGGUCAGCCGAGUGCGCGUGCCCGCCAGGCAGUGCACGGAGCGCCAGAGAUUCUCGGUGCCAUCAGCUCUUUCAGUUGAGCGACACGGUUUGUGAAGACGGCCAAUACUUUGCACCCGGCCCAGAAAGAGAGGACCGAGAACGUUGGGGAACUUGCGAAGACCCCACUCCCUGUCCGGAACAAGAUCAGUUGUUUUGGCCUAAAGACAAACGUUGCUAUCGAAAGUUCACCAAAGGACCGUGUACGGACGGACAGCUUUUGAUCGCCAGCACUUAUAACGACGCUAUAGGCGAAUGCGCGUGUGAAAACGUUCCUGAACUUAAAUCUUAUUACUGGGCUCCUGCAGGGACUUGCCAUGAACCCUAUACGACUGGACCUUGUCAAGAACGCGGUGGCAUAUUCUUGCCGGGCGGACAAUGCGGUUGUGAUCCGUCUUUGCCACAUUUUCAUAACGGCACGGGAAAAUGCUAUCAGCUAGGUGGUAUAGGCCCUUGUCCAGCAGGACACCAGUUCCUACUGGCCGACGGCGGAAGUAAAGCUGAAUGUGCUUGCAAGGAAGGCUACGUCAAAUGGUUUGGUGACGGAGCUUGUUACAGACCUUACACUCGGGGCCCUUGCGCUGCCGGCAAUAUGUACAGCGUAAACACAACGGCCACCGGCAUGGCCAUAGGUUGCGUGGAUGUGCCGUGCUCUGCGGGAAAACUGUACUUCCCUGGUGGCAAAGGUUGUCACCGAGUGGGCACGCAAGGACCUUGUCCUAGUGGUCAGAUCGUUCUGUUUCAGGACUCCGUGAAGACGUCUAUCGAGGGUAUAUCGUAUUUGGGUAUGUGUGGCUGUGCCAACAGUCCCGACUCGUCGUCUUCUUAUUACUCGACGUCGUACGUGGGCGGUGAAAAGGCACUUACGUGUAAGGCAGCGCCUACUUCGUCGGCUAGACGGUUGGAUAACAGUGGAAACAGCAGAAGGGCAGAAGCGCAGCAAGAUCCGUGUGGACAUCGGAGGGGCACGAUAGCUUGGUCUGAUUUAACGUGUAAACAGCUGUAUAUGCAAGGCCCGUGCGAACCGGGCGAAUGGGUGGUACCGGACAGAGGCAAAGGCACCCGUAAAGGCAGAGGCUGGAAAAUGGGUAAAUGCGAGUGCAGACCCGGAUAUACGGCGGCUGCGACAGCGGAAGGCCGGACAGUGUGUCAGGCACCCACCGUAUCGUUGGCUAGGUUCUUGAACACUAACGUUACGCCAACCGCCGAAGGACAAAGGGACCCCCCUCUUGUAGACGAUACCCAAGAACGAGAAACUACCGGAGUUCAGUGAUAAUCUAAAAUACUCCAAGUGCUGUACAUAAUCAAUACAAAUUUAUAUAUUUGGUUAAGAACGUUUGAAAGACUGCAAGAGAAUAGUGAUAAACAUAUAGACAAAUUUCUAUUCGAAUUUCGGAUCUUCAAGAUUAAACACCGUACGUUUAAUGUCAUUGGUUCAAAAAUGUAUAUUAGAUUAAUGUAUAUAGUAAUAAGUCGGAAGUGAAAUGAACAUAGAAAACGACGAUAUUAUAGAUAUUCAAAACUUCUUUAAUGCUAUUAGUUGUAUCGAGUUUGGCGUAUUGAGUAAAACGUCAAGAAUUUCAAUUGAAUGAUACCAUAGAAUAAUAUGGAAAUAUUAGUCGAGUUCAAUGUAGGAAUCUGUAUCGUGAAGUACUUAUACUCGUUCGCUUUGUGUCCUAAAUAAAUUACCAAGUACUUUAUAACCUAUGAAUAUUAUAUGAUUUAUUGUGUAUUGAUAGUUUCUAUUUACCAAAAUAUCAAUAAAAAAUUUAACGUUGAUGUUAAA